AUGUCGUCCACGUCAGAAAAUAUCCCCUCCGACACCCCCACCUCCUCCACCUCCACGGGAUCAGCAUCCCAACCCACCGAAAAACCACCCUACCAAUCCGCCUCCUACUCCUCCUACUUCUCCUACCCAGUUACCCACGUCGUCUCAGGACUCUACCGCCGCAUAACAGAUCCAGACCUAGCCAAAGAAAUGCCCUCCGCCAUGCCAUGGUCACGGUCCUCCUCCUCAUCCGAAGUCUUCACACCACGCAGAACAGCCUCACCCUUCCAACCACCACCGCUCACACCCCUCACCCUCGAAAUCCCUACAGGAGCAGACCUCCUCCAGCAGCAGCUCCUGACACGCGCCCUGGCAGAAGAAAUCCGACUACUAGUACCACCCCGCCUCCAACUCGCCGAAACCUGGCGUCUAGCCUACAGCCUAGACCGCGACGGCGCCUCCCUUUCCACCCUCUACGAGAACUGCGCCCAGUUCUCGCACCGCAGCCCGCGGGCGGGCUACGUCCUCGUAAUCCGCGAUUCCUCCCCUUCCAGCUCCGUCUUCGGCGCCUACAUGACAGACGCCCCACACCCGGACUCGCAAUUCUACGGCACGGGCGAGUGCUUCCUCUGGCGCGCCAGCUCCGAGGAAGCCCUUGAGCGCGCUGGCCUCCCUCCUCCCCCCUCCGCCGAUACCACUACCGCCGGGCGCUGGAGUACCCUACGUAACGACAAGUCGAAACCCCCGCGCGCGGAAUCCCCGGCUCACAAUCUCAAUAUGAAUAUUAAAACCAAUCUCGCGGCUGCGAGCGGUGGAGUCCUGGCGCCUCCAUCGCCUUCCUCCAUUCAUACCCCUUCGCGGAGUGGUGCGAGUACCCCCGAACGCAUUCGUUUCAAGGCUUUCCCGUACAGUGGGGUUAAUGAUUAUAUGAUCUUCUGUGAAACUGGAUUUGUCAGUCUAGGAGGCGGUGACGGUCACUACGGAUUGUGGCUUGACAGCAGUCUUGAGAAGGGUGUCAGUGCAUCCUGUCAGACCUUUGGCAACGAGCCUCUCUCGGAUGAAGGAGUCAAGUUCGAUGUUCUUGGGGUGGAGGUGUGGUAUGUUGGUUCUUGA